AUGUCUUUUCUCCAUACCCAUUUGUGCGAGUGUUUCAAGAGUGAACUAGAUCUUUUUACUCUACCGCCCACUCAGACCAGUAUCGAGAGUUUGCAAUGGAUUCAUUACAAACCUUUGUCGACUCUCGCGGACGACGCACCCAUAGAGUUUGUCGUACCUGGUCAUGGCGAGGACUACAUAAAUCUCGCGCAUACUCUUCUUAGUCUACGUGUAAUACUGAACACCCCUGAACCCCCGCCUGCCGCUUCUAACAGCGGUGGUGAUGCAGUGGCAGCGUCAGUGGGGCCUGUGAAUAACUUUUUACAUUCUAUGUUUAACCAAAUUGACGUGUAUUUUAAUCAGAAACUUGUGUCGCCUCCGAACAAUGCUUAUGUAUAUCGCGCUUCUCUCAAGACAUUAUUGAAUUAUUCUUCAGAAUCAAAAACUUCCCAUCUCACCACCUCGUUAUGGGAUUCCGAUCCUCCGGGUCUGAUAGAUUCGGGGAUAGUUGCACCGAAUGACAACCCCGCUCUCGUGAGACGUAUGCAAUAUUUCAAAAACCAACGUCCUGUAGAUCUUAUAGGACAUCUACAUUGCGACGUUUUCAAUCAGGAUACAUUUCUGAUUAACGAUGUGGAAAUUCGACUACGACUAAUCCGUUCAAAGGAUUCUUUCUGUCUUAUGGAACCUACAUCGCAAGCAAAAGUUCGUAUUGUAGACGCCACCUUGAUCAUAAGAAGAGCCAAGCUAAGCGCUGGAGUGUUAUUGGCCCAUGCUAAAAUGCUGAGUAAAACCACAGCGAAAUAUCCUCUCACGAGGGUCGAGGUUAAAUCAUUCACAAUUCACAGAGGGGUGGUGGGGGAAUCAAUCGACAACGCCAUACUCGGUCAACUACCGAAGCGUGUGAUAAUCGGUUUUGUCGAAAAUAAGGCGUUUCACGGUGAUAGUGUAAUGAAUCCGUUUAAUUUUAAAAACUUUAAUAUAAAUUUCCUGUCGUUUUACGUCGAUGGAAUGCAGGUUCCUACUAGAUCGUUACAACCUUCUUUUUCAAAAGACGCUCCUCUCUACAUCGAGGCUUUUCAUACUCUUUUCUCGGGGACGGGUAUUCAUUUUCUAAACGAAAGCAAUGCUAUAAGCAGAGAUGCUUAUGCGCACGGUUACACACUCUUUGCUUUCGAUCUCACUCCUGAUUUAUCGGCCAAGUGCGUCGAUCAUUGGAAUCUCGUGAAACACGGAAGCUUGCGAAUUGAAGUACGAUUUGAAAAAGCUCUUGAAACGACUAUUAACUGCCUUGUUUACGCAGAAUUCGACAGUGUUUUGGAAAUCGAUUCAUCGCGCCAAAUCAUUGUGGAUUAUAACGGAUAA